AUGUGUGGGGCUGAAUGCUGGACUGACCAUCGUCUCAUUGUGUCCAAAAUGAACAUCCGUAUUGAUCUGCCAAGGCGCCCCCAGGGAGUGAAAAUGCCUAAAAAGAUAAAUGUCAGCCGUCAUAAAAUCAAUAAAGUAAAACAGUCCUUU